CCCGUCCUCCGCUGCCUCAGCGGGAUGGUGCUGUGCGCAACAGGGAGGAAACAAUCAUUCUAAUACCUGGAGUCUCUCAAACACACUUUCAUUUUGCAGCAGAGGAGCUUUCACCUUCCAGUGGCCUGAAAAAGAAAGUCCUAACGGCCCACUCACAAAAUGGGGAAAGUGAACGCCUGUUUGAAGCGGGGGUACAUAGUCGUGGCGAGUUUGAUCGGGACCAUCAGUGCCCUGCUGUUGGCAGCCACCCUAUUUGGCCAUGGAUACUUGCACGAGGCUGAAGAGGUAGAUGAAAUGCUCCCAGGAAUCGGUCUCCUGUAUGCUGUUUGCAUCCUGACUCUGCUCCUGAGCAUCAUCGGAGUUUACGGGGCCUCCAAAGAGAAGCAGUGGGCGCUGAUCGUGGUCAUAGUUGGAAUGAGUCUGGUGAGUCUGACCAUGUUCGUGGAGGUCACGAGAGCAAUACCUGCACAACAUGAGACAGGCGAGGAGGUGAGGCGGGAAUACCAAUCUCUGGUGCCACUGAGUGAUGCUAGCGAGCCUGAUAAAGUUGGCCUGUAUAACUUGCAGAUCAAUUUAAAGUGUUGUGGGUUGGAGCAGGGCCACCAGGACUGGGACAACGACAUCCCUGAAUCCUGCAUCUGCACCGAGCACGCCACCGUGCCAUGUGUGGAAGCUCCAAAGAACAGUAGUCUAUAUGUGGACAGUAUCGAUAACGAACCCAUUAUGAUUUAUAAAGAGCCAUGCCUCCCAAUUUUCAUCGGCCAUGUCCACAUGGCGAUUACUAUCAUCAUAGGAAUUCUUUUUGGACUCACGCUAAUGUGGGCCUUGUCAGCAGGCCUGUGUGCGGUCAUGCUGUAUCAGCUGAGGCGAAAGUUUGAUGUCCCUCCGGUGGUUUACAGUCCAGAGGCUAAAGCAGGAAACUACACCACCCUUACAGAAUCAGCGGAAAAUGCCUGAGGUCUUUCUCUCUCAUUUUUCGUAGCUCUUCAUAAUGACUAUGGUCGUUAUUGCAGCAUAUUUAGCCAAAUAAAGCAAAACUAUGGAUAAAUGGAUUUAAGAUGGAUCCAGGAGCACUAAAGGGAGAUGUUAAUGACGAUGGUAUACAGCUGAAUAUAGUCAGUUUUUGAAACGCAGCGUACAUUUAGUCUCUUAAACAGCACAUGCUGCCUCCAGCAAGUUACAAACUUUUGUAAUCCCAUGAAAAAUAUGUGAUUUCAUUCUUUUAAUUUUUUUUACUCAUAAGUUGAAAGUUCAUGGUCCCUUAUGUGUUAAAUGAGUUUCAUGUCAUCUUGGCCCUUGAAGCGUGUUAAAACAUAUACUGUAAUUUAGUGUAAAAAAAAAAAAAUGCAGGGUCAUUUCAGCUUUUCAUUUCAGGAAAAAAAAUUAUAUGUUACAGCAUAUAUCAGCAAAGCAGGGCAAAAUAGUACUGUAUAGAGUUUAUUUUAUUUUCUAAAGCAAGUUUCUGUGUGAAAACUCAAGGAAGACGAUGAAACUCAAGACACAUGAGCUGCAUAUUACAUCUGAGUUGAAUUACAGCAUAAUAGAAAUCACUCUAAAUAAAUUAAAAUCACUUCAACUAGUUCAGGUCCCAGUACAGUAAUGCAUAAAUUUGGAUGUGGAGUUUGUAGUUGUUAACUGAAUUAAAUUGUGGCAGCCAAUAACAAAAUUUCAGCUUUUUUGGUGGCAUUUCCACCCCAGACUGUAAUUGUAAUAUACCAUGCUGGAUUAUGCAUGUAAGUGUUACUGAACAGUAAAUUGAGGCUUAAGUUAUGGAAGGGCUCGGUUAUUUUAAUAUGCAUUGUCUGAGAAAAAGUAUUUUUCUACGAAAAAGCACUGAUGAAGAUGUGACUUUUGAAAGUAUUUACCUUAUAUAGAUGUGCUGCAGCUCCAUUAUGAAUGUCAGGAUUGUGUCUGUUUUCAGCUUUCUGGAAUAAUAAAUGGUUAAGGCCAUUGCUGCAUCAUUCUCAGCCAAGUUUUAAGGUUGCUUUUUUUUUUUGUUUUACUCCCAACUUUUUGUUUGCAUUUAUAUUAGAUUGCACUUGCGACCACCUGAGCCUUGAGGUGCAGUUUCACCUGUAUGGUAAAUGCAAAUAUUGAUUUGAGGUUGAAAUAUUCUGAUUUAAAUACUUUAUUUUCUAAUGGGUCAUCAUUGCUGAUACCCACAAAUUUCAGGAUCAAGUGCAACUGUUGAUAGUAUUGCAGCAACCAAACACACAAAAUCAAAUUCCUACAAAACAUAAUUAUUUUUUGGUAUUAGUGCCACAGCUGCCCAGUCUCCUACAUAGAUCAAGGGGAAUAUUUAUUUGGGGGCUAGCAGGGCUCAGGUGCUCCCUCCCUGUCUCAGCCAGUGCUCGAUCUCACCAUUGCUUGACACACAUACAUGCAGCAUAAAACAAAACUCACAUCUUAUGACAUGCAGCAUGUUUGUCUCACUGACUGCCAAAUACAAUAUUUUAUUUUUGUUUUCUUCUCAUUUUUUUAAUAAGUUCUCUGGUUUGGAUUUGUAAAAACAGAGUUGCGUUGCCAUUUAGACUUUGUAUUGUGUGUAAUAAAAAGAAGAAAAAAA